AGUCAAGAACUGUGACAAGAUAAAUAAAUGUCAACGCGAUAUGCAAUUCAGGAAAUUAGGCAAUUAAUUACUUCAAACAAUAUUAUAUAUUGAGGGAAAUAAAAAAUAAGUUACGGUCAGAUAAACGUAAGGAAAUAUAAAGUAGUCGGCAGUCAAGAGGAAUAUCGCGCAGUCGGCUGCGUCGGAGCGUGUUCAUAUCGUUAAGAGAUAGUGAUACACAAUUAAACCGUAAUGUCGCACACAGUAGUAAGAGGUCAGCCCACAGCCGCGCAGCUAUAUUUGGACAAAAUCCUAAAAGAAAUACUCCUUGCCAAAGGAAUAAAAGACAAUUUCACCGAACGAGAUAAACUUACGAUAGCUGAAAUAAUAUUUCACUGCUUGAAGAAAAAUCCCAAAGAUGUUUGUAUGAUUAAUGGAGCAACAGGCGAGAAGUUCACGAAUGAGUACAUCCUGAAGCGUGCCGUCGUGCUCGCACGGACGAUGAUUGCCAAGGGUCUGAGAGGGAAAACCGUGAUGCUGAUGAUGAGGAACCACCAGCGAACAGUAGCAAUGUACUGGGCGGUGAUUUUCGCCGGCGUCGUACCGUUCAUGAUGGACCCUAACACCACAGUUUAUGAAAUAAGCAGUUCCCUGAAGCUGAUCGAGCCGCACUACGUGUUCUGCGACUUGGAACUCCACGGCAGCGUUACCGAGGCCAACAAGUUAGUUCUUGAGGUGAACACUAACGUCGUCAUAGCUGACGAGGACCAGUACUUGGAGGAAUUCACUGAUGGGUUCACCGAUGAUUAUCUGGGUUUCCAGGUUGCAGAGUCGUCACCAGAUGGGACGGUGAUGUUGCUGCCAACGAGCGGCUCCACUGGAAUGCCCAAGGCUGCCCUUAUGAGCAAUAAAGGACUGGUAGCUCAACUCGUCGCGCCGUGGUCGUACCACACACGGAUCCCCAAGCCCACUGAAUUGGCAAUGGUGCUGACGACAAUCCAAUGGAUGACGUUCACACUAAGCGCCGCGGGAUGCGCCGCACUCCAAGUACCGCUGCUCAUAUCACCCAAGAAGUCCUCCGUCGAACAUGCCCUUGAGAUGCUGGAGAAGUAUCGGCCUUCCUGGACAUUCUUUGGCCCUGCGUUCGGCAAGGUGCUGAUAGAAGCAGCGAGACCAGACCAGCUAUCAUCUCUGAGGACUGUCGUUCUCCUGGGAGCCCCGGCCACGCCCGAUGUCAUCAAAUCAUUCCAGACGAAGUUACCAAAGCAAGCUCGUCUAUGCGACGGUUACGGCACGACAGAGACCCAGGGGUUCAUCGCUAUGCCCGACAGAGAUGCACCAGUUGACUCCAACGGACCAGUCUUCAACUUUAUGCAUUAUAAGGUGAUAAACGACGAUGGAGUGGAAUUAGGGCCUGGAAACAGCGGAGAGGUCUAUAUAAAGGGAGAAUGCGUUAUCAAGGGUUAUUACAAAAACGACGAGUCGUACAAGGAAUCGUUCGUGGACGGCUGGUACAAGACCGGGGACUGGUUCCAUCUGGACAAGACCGAGAGAUUGUCUUACAUCGAAAGGAGGAAGUUCAGCUUCAAGUUUAUGGGGAGCCAGGUGUCUCCCGAAGAAAUAGAAGCGGUGAUCGGUACAGUACCAGGCGUGCAGGAAAGCAUAGUAUGUGCGACUGACAACGGUCCCGCAGCAGUGGUCGCGAUAGACCCUAAAUACACAGUGCAUAGAGAACAUAUUCAUAAAGCAGUCGAUUCCACACUGAGCGACCACAAGCGCCUGCGCGGCGGGAUUGCCUUUGUGGACGCGGUCCCACACACCCACACAGGGAAGAAACACCGGGGCGAGUGCAAGAAACUGAUUCAAAGAUUGAUCGAAACUGGGGAAUGCGUCUUCUAAUGUUAAUUUAUUACUAAUAAUUAAAAGUAUUAUCCUAAAAGAAUUAUUUUUGCAUUGUG